ACGACUUGGAUUGGAUUAAAACGUAAGCGCUUGGGACAGUUAUCCUCUUCUGUAUCCGGUUCAAUCCAAAUCGGCAGUCCCAACAGUUGGAGAAAAUGGCGUUUCCUUUCUCUGCCGUGUGUUUUCGUGUCGCCUGUGCGGCUGCUGCAGUCGCGCAGAGACGACGACCCGAGGUAGAUGAUGCAUUUGAAGAGCUGACGGAGGAAGAGUUCCGGCAGUAUUUUCGUCUGUCCAAACGAACAGUGCGUACCUUGUGCGACGAGCUUGACCCCAUCAUUGGAUGCCAGCGAGCCAGUGGCCUUUCCACUGAAAGGAACGUGUUGUGCGCGCUGCGAUUCUUCGGCACCGGAAGCUUCCAGAGGAGCGUUGGUCGCGCGGAGCAAAUUGGCAUGGCGCAGUCGACCGUGAGCAACACCAUCCACGAGGUGACGGAGGCCAUCAUUUCCGUGUCUGCCCGGAAAAAGUUGGUGGACUUCUCAUUGACACCGGCUGCCAAGAAUGAGGCAAAGGCGGCGUUUGCGCGACGCGGUGCCAUUCCAGGCGUGCUAGCGUGCGUCGACGGCACGCUGAUCGCCAUUAUGAAGCCAGAGGGACUCAGCCCGGCCGACACGGCGAGCUUCAUGUCGAGGAAGGGUUAUUACGCCCUAAACGUCAUGGUCGUGUGCAACGCAGAACUUCGCAUUCUUGUUGUUGAUCCCCGGUUCGUGCCACGACUCUUGGGUGUGGCAGCACAAUCCACUGCGCGCACGCCUAGUCGCACAACUGCAGCCUGGCGAGUAUCUGCUUGGUAA